AUGACCGAGGAUCCCAACUUUAAUUGUCAUGGUGGAAUAUUCAGCUUGUCCAUGGGAUAGUAAGUGGUGGUUUUGUCCUAUAAUUCCAUCAGUUACAUCCCUUGCAGAGCUCAUUACCAUUGUUAUGGAUCGAGGGAACCCCCGAAUUGGUGUCUGAGUCAAAGAAAUUACACUUGGACGUGAGUUAUUUGCCAAACGAAAAGUGUUUUUAUAGACAAUGGGGCUGUCACUGUGACCUGAAGAUUGGAAGUUGUAUCGUGGAGAGAUUCCAGGACAAAAACGAGAGAUUGGAGUGGUCUUACUGCAUCCCCAACGAGGAAUUUUACUGUGCGAAUAGAAGAUAA